AUGAAGGAGUUUUUUAUCGUGUUAAUUGUUACAAGUGCUUGUGUUGCAACUAAAUAUUUAUCAACAGACGAACUGACCAGCGUUUUUACGAGGGCGGGAAAAAAUGAAUUAAACGAGAAUGAUUGGGGCGUCAUUGAAGAUUUAACUGAAAUUUUGUAUUUACCUAAGGACAAUGUGAAUUAUGAUAAACUUUUUGCGUCUAGAUCGAAUCUCUUUUGUGUAUUAUGUCGGACAGUAUUUGCGGCCUUAACUGAUCUCGUUAGGAAUGGAGCAAAUGAUAAGAGUUUGGUCGAUUCAAUUACAUUGAUUUGUAAUAGAUUAUCUAUUGUAACUCCAAAAGUAUGCCAUGGAGCAGUAUUUCUUAAUGUGCCAAUAAUAAACUACAUAAUAAGAACAACGCCAGCUGCGGAACCUGGAACAUUUUGCGGCAUAUUUUUCCAAUCUAUACAUGAUUCUGAUAACUGUAGGUUCAACGACGAUAGGUUUAAUUGGAGAGUAGAAUUACCGCCAAUAGUUGAGAUUCCUCCGGUCAAAUACAACAACGCGAAACCGCUUACCGUCGCUGUAAUAACAGAUGCUCACAUCGACCCUCUGUAUGAACCCUUCGGUGUUGCCGAUUGCUCCGAACCGGUCUGCUGCAGAAAAGGACAGACCACAAGAAAUUUCAAAUACACAUACAACCAGGAUACCGACGAAGAGGUUGUAUUAAAAAGUCUGUCUGAAGUAAACGGACAACCGGUAAUUGAUAUCGAUGCAGGAAAAACUUUGAGACACAAUAGAAAAUUGACAAAGAACAAUAAGAAUAAUGAAAAUCAUAUUCCGGCGGGCUACUGGGGAGAUUACCGGGAUUGUGAUUCGCCAGUUUGGGCAUAUGAUGAUGUAAUUGAUAGAAUGCAUGCAACUCAUCAGGAUAUAGACAUAAUUUACUACAUGGGUGAUACUAUUGACCACCACGUGUGGGAAACGACAUACGAAUUGAUAGACGAAGUGAACCUCUAUCUUGUCGACAAAUUAAGAAAAACCUUCGGCGAUAACGUUCCAGUUAUAGCUGCUAUAGGAAACCAUGAAUCUCAACCCACAAACCAAUUCGCUCCACAAAGGAUUACACAGGCAUACUUGAACACAACUUGGCUAUACGAAAGCUUAGCUAGGAAAUGGGGUAGCUAUUUGACUGAAGAGGCGAAGAACACACUGCGUAAACAUGGCGAUUUCUCGAUGGCCGUUCGGCCGGGACUAAGAGUAAUUUCACUGAAUACUAACAUAGCGUACAAGAACAACUGGUGGCUAGUGUUCGAUCCUACUGACGCGAAAAACCAUUUGGAUUGGUUAAUUAGGGAGUUGUACAAAGCAGAACAGGCCGGUGAAAAGGUCCACAUCUUGAGCCACAUACCACCAGGAGUUCACGAUUUAACAUACACCUGGACAAGGGAAUACAAUCGAAUUGUGAACAGAUUCCAGAAAACUAUAGCUGCUGAAUUUAAUGGGCACACACAUUCCGACGAGUUCAAAAUAUUCUACAGUAACGAAAACAAGAGUGUUCCCAUCGCUGUGUCUUGGGGCGCGGGCAGUGCAAGUGCCUACUCUAACAACAACGUUAACUACAAGAUCGCCAUCAUUAGUCCAACUAACUACGCCCCUCUCAGCAUCACUAACUACGUUUAUAACUUAACGGAAGCAAACCUAACACCAAAUAGACGGCCCCAUUGGUUCAAGCUGUAUGAUAUCAAAAAUACAUAUGGUAUCAGUGACCUCAGUCCGGCUGCCAUGAAUGAUUUGGUAUAUUCAAUGGUCACAGACAAAAAAUACCUAUUAGAUAUAUAUAGUGCUUUCCAGACAAGAUUAAGUGACACUAGAUGGCAAAACUGUGACGAAAUCUGUAAAAUUAAUAAUCUAUGUAGAAUUGUAGUGACUGUGUUAUUUGAUCGUGAACUAUGUAAUAAAUUAACAGAUUUGUACUUCUCUCUUAAAUAA